UCAUAUUGGAAUUUGGAAGCGAACGUCGCGCGACACCUCCGUCGCCAUUGUGUGUUUCCCUGUUGUAAUUCUGGGUUUUUUUUUUACUUUAAAGUUUGAGUCUGUCCUUUGACUCAACGAAGAAUGACCUCAUCAGUUGUCAGAGAGCUACAUGAGCUACGCAACGGGAGGAGGGAGUUUCCGUAUUUGAGCAACACUUAAACCACCGUAGCGUAAGCGCUGUGUGUGGACCAGUGCCCUCCUGUCUGUCAGAUGGACUCCUCCACUUUUCUCUACGAUGUCCCUCCGGCAGUCGUCGAAAGAUUCUGUAAAAUCAUGGAUAGUGGAGAUGACAGGUUCGGCUGGCGCGGACUAGCUGUCCGAGUUGUCCCCAGCUUGUUAGAGGUCCGCAUGUUGGAGCGUGUGGAGGCAGCAGGUCGGAGCCCCACCAGGGAGCUGCUGUGGUCCUGGGCUCAGGAGAAUCCGAGAGUGCAGGACCUGCUGAAGGUGCUGCAAGACAUGGGCCACCACAGGGCCCUGCAGCUCUUCCAGGGUCAAGCUCAAGAGUUGCCUGUACCCCCCUGCAAAGCACAUGCAGAGUCCAAAGGGCAGAUGUCAGCAGCUGAAGAGAGGGAAUCCUUCCAGCAAGAGGCGAGUUCUGCAACUCCAGCACCCUCUUUCAUGAACUCCAGUGGAGAAAACCUACCACCCAUAAUCACUUUUCAAGACAUAAUGGAAGGAACCAGAGAUUUCCAUCAUGAGAUGAGAAUUUCAGAGGGACACUUUUCUGAUGUCUACAGAGCACAAAUUGGAAAUAAAAUGGUUGCAGUGAAGCUUUUUAAACAGACAAAUACAGCAUCAUGGAAGAAGCUGUGGGAUAUCUUCAGAAAAGAUAUUGAAAUUCAUCAUUUGUACAAACAUCCAAAUAUCUUAGACUUGUUGUGCUGUUUUUCUGAUGAGUGCCGCUACUGUCUGGUCUAUCCUUACCUGCCCAAUGGAUCGCUCUUCGGCAGACUCCACCAUCAGGAUGGAGAGCCCCCCCUGUCCUGGCAGGAACGUCUCACCAUCAUUAAGGGAACUGCAAAGGCCUUACAUCAUCUCCAUACAGCCCAGCCCUGCCCUGUGAUCUGUGGCAACAUCUCCAGUUCUAGCAUCCUCUUGGAUGAUACCCUACAGCCCAAGCUGUCUAACUUUGGGUUGGCUCGCCUCCGUCCUCAUUCAGCCAAUCAGCAGUGUACUAUCACUCUGGAUACCAGGUUCCACAGCAACCUGGGUUACCUCCCUGAGGAGUACAUCCGAGAUGGCAAGCUGUCCUUCAGCCUGGAUGUGUACAGCUUUGGAAUGGUGAUAAUGGAAACAGUAACAGGACGGAAGGUCACAGAGGACGGAUCUAAACAAACACCACUGAGAGAUCUGCUUAUCACUGAGGUGGAGGACAGCGGCGGUGUAGAUUCUUGUCUGCAGUUUUUGGAUGUGGCAGCCGGUCGGUGGCCGACCGCCUUGGCCCUCGGCCUCCUGCGGCUGGCCUUGGACUGCACUGCCAGCCGCCACCGCAGCAGGCCGAAAAUGGAGAAUGUGCUUCUGGAAUUGAGCAAGCUGCUUCCUCCACCCAGCUGCCCCCCUGCAGACCAACCCCGCAGCCUUGAAGAUGUAAACCCUGUUAAUGCCCUGCUGAGCCCCCCACCCUCCAUACCUGUAGAGCACAAUGAGCAGCACAGCACCCCUGGCUCUGUAACGCAUGCAGGGCCCUGUGAAUGCAGCCAGUCGGAGGUGACAUAUCUGAGUGAGGUGCUGGGUGCUGACGGUGAGGCAGCAGCAGACCUGUACAGCAGCUGGCCUGUACAGUGCAGCUGCCCUGCUGAGACAGGCAGCCUGACAUGUGAGGACUGCAGGGCCAAUGGCUUCACCCUCAACCACACAGACAGUCCUCAGACUGACUCCAUUGUGGUGGAAAACCCAGCCAAGGAGAGACUGAGGAACAAACUGAGUCUGUAUAAUGGAGGGCUGAUUCACUCAGAGGAACUGUUCUCUGAAACCGGACUGCAGUAGAGGGCAGACUUCCUGUUACGGUCUUGAGAGUAGCUCGUUCUGUGGGCUGUCACGUGUGUUCAGGGAGGAAGUGUUCCACAAAGCAGAGUUAGGUCAAGUUUGCAUCAACACCACAUCAGUUCACUGUGAUGGAGGCUGAGAUGUAAAAACAAAUGUCAUGCAGCCACAGAGUAGAACAUAGUAAACAUAACCUAUGAAUAACGUAAUAUUUGAGAGGGAACUGUACAGAACCACAUUCAUGAACAAAGCAAAUGAGAAAGAGCAUCUUGUUGAACGAAUUUAACAAUGAACUUUGUGCCACUUAACUCUCCUGUUUUCUCCCCAUAUGGAAAUGUAAUAUGUAACAUAUACAUGUGCCCCUGUAUUAAGAGUAAUGUUGCCAUGUACGUUACCCAGAAGGCAAUAUAUAUUAUUAUCACAUACAUACAUACAUACAUACAUACAUCCUCUGGAUAUAUGAAAUGUUUGUAAUAAAUAUGAAAUACCCAUAAAACUUG